CAGACUGUGACUGCGCUCCCUCUUUCCCUAACAUUCAAACAUGGCGAAACUCUUUGCCAUCAUCAUACCACCUCCGUCGCCCUCACCCUGCUCCACUUCAUCGGUAUCAUCACCACCGCCAUCAUUAUCUUCACCGUUAUCAUCACCAUUAUCUCCGGUAGCGUGAUGACCCGGGAGGAUGGAGAAGUUGUCGGCGAGCCUGUCGGAGAUCACUUGGAGCCCGUUGGCGCUGCCGUUGGACGCGGUGGUCAGCAAGUUCCGUUUGCCCACUCUGGUCCGUCUGGCCCACGGUGAAUGUGUGGAGGGGCUGUCGGAGGAGGAUGUGGUGCUGUUACACUCCUGUCGUCAGUGGACCACAGUGACUGCCCACAGCUUAGAAGAGGGACACUACGUUAUUGGACCCAAGAUAGACAUCCCUCUGCAAUACCAGGGGAAGUUCAAGUUGUUGGAUGAAGACCGAGACGUCAGGGAUCCUGUCCAGUAUUUUUCCAGUGUGGAGGAAGUUGCUGGAGUCUUCCCUGACCGAGUGUUUGUCAUGGAGACGAUCACUUUUAGUGUCAAGGUGGUUUCAGGGGAGUUCAGUGAGGACAGUGAGCCCUACAGCUUCACUCUGCAGGCUGGAGAUGAGCUGUCACUCAUGGGGAAGGCGGAGCUUCUCUGUGCCACGCCCUCUAAGGACAAGACAGGACUGAGCGCGCUCCUGAGACGCCUGGGAAAGACUCCUAGAAGUAAAACUCCCUGCCUGGUCUGUAUGAACCAUCGCACCAAUCAGAGCGUAAGCCUACCCUUUGGUUGCCGUGGACGCUUUUGCACACGCUCCCCUCUGGAGCAAGGCAUGCUGGGAGGGGAGCACACGGUACGCAGCAUCAUCGAGAGGGUUCGCCUCCCUGUCAAUGUGUCCGUGCCUUCACGACCGCCACGAAACCCCUACGACCGCCAUGCGGUCCGAGAGGGCCACCGCUACAAGCUGCUCAACAUCGUCAGCAAGACGGUGGUACUCUGCAUGGUACUCCGCCGACAGGAAGUCUCCCCCUCCCACUUCCUGCUGCUGCGUUGCAUGCCCCGGUUCAACGUGGCCGAGGCCUCUGGCCACACAGCAGCGCUAGAGAGCCUCCUAUUGCGACACGCGUUCGACCCAGAUGCCUACUCUCGAGCUGUUAGAGAAACCCGGCCAGAGCUGGAGUGUAUGACAGAGGAGUGCGUGAGCCCGCGGCGCUCUCGCAUGUGUGUGUCGGAUCAGGACUCCUUGGCACCGGCACUGCAGCGCCUCUCCAUGUGCGGGUAUGGGGGAGGGGUUUCAGACAGCCUAUCACAGCGCUGCAGAGACUCUCUGGUGGAGCGGCUGGGGGAGGGACCAGGUGAGGAGCGGGAGUAUAUGACUCCUGAGUGGACUGAGGCUGAAAUGAGGACCAGUGAGGAAAUCCCUUACGAGGAACUCUGGACCAAUCAAAACGCAGAGGGCUUGGGGAAGGAGCCGAACCUCAUCUCCUUCCAUUCGACUUCCUCAUUGGACGGGUCUCUUGGUACCGUGGUGACAAGAGUGUCGACCCCGCCACCUGUACCUCCAAAAUCUGAUGCUGUAAGAGAGGAGUGUCGCUACUUGAUCGCCCCUCCAGUUCCCCCUCGCUGCUCUAAAGGAGGCUCCAUCUCCAGUCCGGUCCCGAGCCCUCCUGUCCCACCUCGCUUCCCCAAAACCUCCACCUCUCCGAGGCCCAACCUCUCUUUCUACUCCUCUGGACUUCAGGAAAGCUGCUCACCCUCUCCAGAUGCUUCGCUCUACUGUUACCCGUGCUCCUGGGCGGACUGCCCGGCCCCCAACCCUGCCAGUCCUGAGCCAGUCUUUGCCAUCACUGCAGACAACACAGCCAAUCCUCAGCCAGCACAGGCCACCUGGGCAGAGCCGUGGGUAGAUUCUUUCACCUCCUCCGGACCUCGACUAAGGCCGCCUCCUCCACAGAGUCGAUUUGCUCCCUUCGGGGCGUUGAACCCCUUCAACCGCCAGUCCCCUUGCCCCUCCCCUGAGCCCACUGCCAAUUCCACAACAGAUUCCUCCAGAGGUGCAGAAGGCGGUGGGACGUCCACAGGGGUCACCGAAAGCUUGUCCCCGCCCCCUGACCCCACCUGGCGGCCUCCUGCGGACCUGUCUGUGCUGUCAUUGGAGGAGGUGUCGGCAUGCCUGCGGUUCAUCGGCCUAUCAGAGGCAGCGGUGGCCGUGUUCCAGAGGGAGAGAAUCGACGGCAGCCUCCUGGUGCAGCUGACUGAUGACAUCCUGUCACAUGACUUCCACCUGAGCCGACUCCAUGUCACCAAGAUCACACAGUUCAUACAGGGCUGGAGGCCCAAGAUCUAACGUGUACACACACACACACACACACACACACACACACACACACACACACACACACACACACACACACACACACACACACACACACACACACACACACACACACACACACACACACACACACACACACACACACACACACACACACACACACAGCCCUGAUAAUGUGCCUGUUGGCUUCUGAGCUAUCCUGAAUGUGCCUUCCAAUGUGACCAACUGGCUGCUGAGCCUCACUGACUGAAGCUGAGCCUUUGCUGAAGGAAACCACGCCACCCUGUGGUCAAACUAUAGAACUGACACUCGAGUCUCUGACUGACUGACUGCAUAUUUCUGUCUGGAUCACAGACUGGGACUAGUUUACUAACAAAUGGCUACAACAGAGAGCUACAUGAUGAAAGUGCCGUGUUUCUUUGGGACAUAUAGUCAACCACAAUACAUCUUCAUGCUUCGAGACAGCGAAAGGUUUUUAGCACUACAUGCUGCGGUCCCACAUAAAAUCUGAUAUAAAGGGAAGAAACAAACCUUCAUUCUCCAUAAUAAAAAUAGAUGGUUUAAUGUGAGUUUCUGCAAUAUAAGGGGCAUUGAAGGGACAAUGCUCCACCUUUUAAGUGGAUGUCCGAUCAGAACUGAUGGUAAAUGUAGGCAAUUGAAGCAAUAAAGUUCACUGUUGGAAAUGUAGCUAGUUUGCAAUACAAACGAAGAGAAGAAGGAACUCCCUGGCUACCCACAGGCUUCUUUUUAAAUCCAAUUAUUACAUGACGCUUUGGCAAUAUUGUCUUUGUUACACUUUGUGCCAUUGAAGUAUAUUAAAUUGAAUCGACUAGAAAUCCAAGCUGAACUAACAGCCUGUAGUUCUUCCUUGCAUCCAUCUACGUCACUGUCAGAUCAAACGACGGCACUGGAUGCAGGAAGAACAGAUUUUGCAGCUGCAAACGUUCUCUGUCAGUUUAGCACACACUGAGACAUUUACCAUCAACACUGAUUGGCACGUAAACAGUGGUGACCAGUAGGACACGUGACACUGAACCUGUUCCCUACCUGAGUCUCUUGCACAGCCUUCUUCAUGUGUUCUUCUUCAUCUGUGCAUUGAGCUUCAGUGGCCUGUAAUUGGCAGAAAUAACAAUUAUUAGGAGAUAAGAAAAAGCUAGUUGUUUGAAGCUAAAAGAAAAAAGAAAGUAAGUCAGAAGCACCCAAUAAAGUAAUGAUGGA